UGACGACAACACGGAAGUGUCAUGGCGCCGUGCAGCAUCAUCACCAUCAUGCAGUGUCAGAGAAAGCACUAGCUCAAAACAAUUUGUAAUGACUAUCAAGUUUCCUGUUAAUAUCUGAUAAAAACGUACGAGGAAUACUAAGAUGGCGGCUUCAGGUGACCCCAGCGGUCAACGCGUGCCGACUCCUGGAAGCAGCGGUAAUGUAGGACAGCUGAUGGGCCGUCGACCACCAGCUGCCCUCUCUACUGGCCGCCUCCCGUCAAUGCGAUCAAGAGACCUCACCCUGGGGGGAGUAAAGAAGAAAACAUUUACACCAAACAUUAUUGGCCGAAAAGUUAGAGAAGAAGCAAAAGUUGAAGUCGGACAGAGGAGAGACAGGAAGGAUGCAGAUCGAGGUCGAGGGUCGAGAGAUCGAGGCAGGGGCCGAGGUCGCGGAGAGGUCAUCCAGUCCCACUCUAUUUUUGAACAGGGGCCUGCAGAGAUGAUGAUGAAAAAGAGAGGUGGCUUUGAAAGUGAGAGAGAUGCUCCGAGCAUGGGACCUUCACCCAUCAUUAACAUUAAAAAGGAGAAGAGGGAGACAGAAGAGGAGACCAAAGAGAUUCUGCGCAAGCUGGAGCGAGACAAUUUCAUAGACGACCCCUUCCUGAGGAGCGAGCGGAGGAGCUGCCCUGUUCAGCUUCCCCUCGCUGUGUCCGGAUGGGGAUUCAAGGAGGAAUUUAGUGACGCUGCUGUUAAAAUUGAGAAGACAGACGAGGAUUGUGAACCCAUGGAGCCUGCAGUUGAAGUCAAACAAGAGCCAGAAGAAAUGGAAAUAAAGAAGAUAGAGGCGACUUUCAGGCCUCCUCCGCUCCCUGAACCUGAAGUUCUUCCUGACCUGCUGCACAAAUGGAGUCUGAGCAAAGCCGAUGAGCUGUUCUUCGUUCAGCUGCCCGACUCGCUGCCCGGCCAGCCUCCCACCAAAGAGCACAGGCCGGUAAAAACAGAGGUGCAGUCAGAGGACGGACAGUCUGUGCUUCUGAAAACAGAGACUCAGGAGGAGGAAGCUGAAGACAACAACUGCAAUCUGAAAGAUCUGCGGGAGGGUGUCAUAGGGAAGAUGCUGGUUCGGAAGUCUGGCCGGGUGCAGCUCAUUCUGGGACAGGUGACGCUGGAUGUGUCUUUAGGAACAUCAUGCGCUUUCCUUCAGGAACUGGUCUCUAUUGGCACAGAGGGAAAAACUGGCAACUUGACUGUGUUGGGGAAUAUUAAACACAAGAUGGUUUGCUCCCCAGACUUUGAGGCUCUGCUGGAGAGCAGCGCUUGACACCUCACAGUCGGACGCACUGACAACAAGCUCUCUUCCUUUAGAACCUGACAUCUAAUAGAAGUAUGAUUGAUUAUUUUCAGAGUGGCUACAACAGCAUCUAAAUACACUAUAAAUAUGAAACAGAAGCGAGGUUUUAUUUUCAUCUGGUGAAAGAAGUUUAUUAAUUCACAGUUCAAAGCUUGAACGGUGUGCCAAGUUUCAGUACUGUUUCUGCUCCUCUAUAUCUGAAAUUACUUGACAAGACUGUACAUGGAUGUAAAUGUGUGAAUAAAACAUUUUUUUGUUACUCCA